AUGAAGUUCGACGUGAACGCGCUGCGGUACCUGUCAAAGGACGAGUUCCGCGUGCUCACCGCCGUCGAAAUGGGCAUGCGCAACGUACCCUCCCUCCCAUUCGCCACGCCCUCUCCUCCACCCGAACCCCUGCCAAAACCCCCGUCCGCCCACACCUUCCUCUCCUCGCUCACCAACCUGCUCCAUGCGCCCUCCCCUCUGCUCCCCUCCCUCUCCCCUCCUUUUUCUCCGCUGUCCCGCGCGGCUGCCAGGCGAGGGGGGGCGUACAAGGCGCUAAGCACGCUGCUGAGGCACAAGCUGGUGCACCAUGACUCCACCAAGUGUAUGUGCCACCCACCUGCCCUCUCCUCCCUCCCCCUCCUCUUCUAUUGGAGCCCACUCUUUAGUAUUCUCAAAGCUGCUGAGGCACAAGCUCGUGCACCACGACUCCACCAAAUGUACGUCUCAUCCGCCUUUGCUGCUUGCGCUCACCUCUCUUCUCUCGCUCUCACCCCCUUCGCUUAUUCCCUCACACCCCCUUCGCUUGCUCCCUCACACCCCUUUCGCUUGUUCCCUCAUACCCCCUUCGCUUGUUCCCUCAUACCCCCUUCGCUUGUUCCCUCAUACCCCCUUCGCUUGCUCCCUCAUACCCCCUCUGCUUCUGCACCCCUCGUUUGUUCCGCACCCCUCGUUUUUAUCCGCACCCUCACUCACGACGGGUACCGCUUGACGAAUCUGGGGUACGACUUUCUGGCCAUCAAGGCGCUCGUCAACCGCGGCACCGUUGCUGGCGUGGGGCCGCAGAUCGGCGUCGGCAAGGAGUCCGACAUAUACGAGGUGGAGGGACCGGAGGGCGAGGUGCUGGUGAUGAAGCUGCACCGCUUGGGGCGCACGUCGUUCCGCAACGUGAAGGCCAAGCGCGACUACCUGCGCCACCGCCGUGCACACAACUGGCUCUACCUCUCUCGCCUCGCUGCUCUCAAGGAGUUCGCCUUUCUCAAGGCGUUGGGGGAGAGGGGUUUCCCCGUGCCGGGUGCAGUGGACUGCAACCGCCACUGCGUCAUCAUGACCCUCGUCAAGGCCUUUCCACUUGUGCAGGUGCGGGAACUGCAGCGGCCGCAGGUGGUGUUUGAUCAGGUGCUCUCCCUCAUCAUUCGCCUGGCAGCCGUUGGGCUCAUCCACUGUGACUUUAACGAGUUCAACCUGCUUGUGGAUGAGGAGGAGAGGAUAACGAUGAUCGACUUCCCUCAAAUGGUCUCCAUCUCCCACCGCAAUGCCAAGAUGUACUUUGAUCGUGACGUGGAGUGCAUUUUCAAGUUCUUUGGCCGCCGGGUGCCUAUUUUCGGCGCGCCAAAUACAGGCGCCCCAAACAUGGCCCUAUUUGUGUAUGGCUCCAUUCUCACUCGCUCACGUUCACUGCCUCUUUACCCAGCCCUCUCAUUCCCACCCCACCCACCUCUCAUUCCGUCCCACUGCCCCUCUCCCUACCUCCACCUUCCCCCCACCCACCCCACCUCGCCCCUCCCUCCACCUGCCCCUCACAGUUUCAACUUUGCCCCCAGGAGACCUCAAGACCCAGCUUUAGAAAGCGCCUUAGCGCUUCCAGGUGUGCUUUCUCCCCCCUUUUUUUGGCUCCGCCCUUGCCCCAUCUGCCCUUUCUUCCACUGCGCUUUCCUCCUCUGUGCUUUCCAACUCUGCCCUUCCUUUCCACUCGAAAUCUAUACUUGCACCACCCUCGUCACCUCCUCUAACCACCCCGGCACCACACUUCUGCUGCCCCCCUUUUCUCCUGCUCUUGCACCUGCCAUCAAAGCACUGGUGGAGCGAGCCAGAGAGAGAGCAGAGGAUGGGGCAGACGACGAGGCGGGUGGUGGGGAGGAGGAGGGGCGUGUGAGAGAGGAGGGAGACGAUGGGGAGGGAGGUAGUGGUGGGAAGGAGGAGAGCGGUGGGAAUGCUGGGUCGGCUGAAAAGGGAGAAGGUGAAGAAACAUGGGGGAGAGAAGGGACAGCGGGGGGCGAAUGGAGGGCGUGCAGAGCGGUAAUUCAGGCGCUCAUGCUUGCUGCUGGACCCCCAGACAGUGCUUCUGGUGCAGCUGGCGGUGAUGGUGAUGCAGAGAUGGGGAGCAGAAAGGAAGAGGUGGCAGGGAGGAAGGCGGAGAGGAGAGGGGGUGGGAGGAGGGGAGGGCGGAGAGAGGUGGUGGGGGCAGUGACAGGGACGGGGCCUCUGGACAGACAGCUGGCAGCGAGUGGAUUCAGCAUGCAGAACGAGGCUGAGCUGGAGCAGGUGCGUGCUGAGGUGGAGCAGGUGAGUUCUGAGUUGGAACAGGUUGGUGCUGAGCUGGAGCACUACAUGGAAGAGUCGCAGUGGAGGGAGACGAGCCACUUGGAAGGCAGAGAGAAUGGUGCGGGGGAGGAGCGAGACGAGGAGGAAGAGGAGGAGGAGGAGGAGGAGGAGGAGGAGGAGGAGGAGGAGGAGGAGGAGGAGGAGGAGGAGGAGGAGGAGGGUGAGGAUGAGGAGGAAGAUGAGGAGGAGGAGGAAGAGGAUAUCAGUGGAGACAAGGAGGGUGAGACUGCUGAUGAGGGUGCAGAGGAGGAGGAUGGUAGUGAUGGUGACGAGGAGGAUGGGGAGGAGGGCAUGGAAAAACUCACACAUCCAGCCGCACAUGUUGGAGGGGGAAACGGGGUGAGCAGGAGGGUGAGUGCGCGUGCAGGGCAGAAGCAGCAGAAGCAGCUGGAGAGGCAGCGGCAGCAGGCAGCACAGGCGGUGCGCGGGGGAGGGGUGAGGCGUGCAUCACGCAACGCCAGCAAGGACAAGGGAGGGAGGAGAUCGCGCCACGUGUCCAGCCGAGCAGGGAUCGAUUGA